UGUCACAACAAAAAGGUCGCAAUGGCAGGGGGAAAUGUGUGGCAUUGCAUCAAAUAUCCCUUUUCAUGUAUGAAAGACAAAUUUCUCAGUUAUGAGACACUCAAAAUCGAGGUCAAGAAAGACUGUGACAUUGUUUACAUCAACCGUGUGUUGCAGUUGCUCCUCAUCAUCGGAUUCAGCUGGUGGCUCUUUGCUCAUGAAAAAGCUUACCAAAGUACAGACACAGGAAUCGAGUCAGCAGUCAAGACUAAAGUGAAGGGUGUUGGUUUCUAUAACAACAAAGUAAUGGAUGUAGCGGACUAUGUACUUCCAAGACAGGGCACAGACGUAUUUUGUAUCAUUACAAGACUCUUCGAGACAAAAAACCAAACACAAGGAACUUGUGCACAGUAUGGCGAGAAGUAUCAGUGUAGCACUAACGCUGACUGUUUCAAACACCUUGGAUGCCGUUAUGUAAAAGGUUUUUUCACGGGAACAUGUUUGACUGAAGUGGGGCAGUGUGAGGUGAGAGCUUGGUGUCCUACAGAAGAUGAAAGUAGCAGGUCAACGGAAUUUAUGGAAGAAGCUGAAAACUUCACGAUUUUCAUUAGGAACACUGUUCAUUUCCCCAACUACGGUGUCACUAGGGGCAACAUUCCUCCAAAUAUUAACCUAUCAUGUACAUUUGAUGCUGUGGCCAACCCAUACUGUCCCAUCUUCAGAGUGGGGGACAUCCUACACUACGCCAAUGAAAAUUUUAGUACAGUUGCUGAACAGGGGGGGCAGAUUGGAAUCCAUAUCAGAUGGAACUGCAAUUUUGAUGAACCUGUGGAAAACUGCUUGCCUUCAUACUCCUUUACAAAACUGAGUGAUGUGUUUCUGCAAAAUAAUUUGUCUAAAGGUUUCAACUUCAGGUUUGCAAAAUACUACAGGACUACACUGCAAAAUACUACUAUAGACUCCCGAUAUCUUUAUAAAGCAUUUGCCAUCAACUUUCAUGUCAUGGUCUCUGGAAAAGCUGGAAAGUUCGACAUAAUCCCAACUCUCAUCAACAUAGUUUUAGCUUUCCAGUCACUCCAUGUGGCAGCUCUCAUCUGUGAUAUUUAUUUGAAAUCACGAUGUUCAAGGUGCCAUCAGAACGGUUAUGAAGACAUAGGUGACGGAGAGCAAACCUCAAAUAUCUAAAUCUCUCUCAACUAAAUUGUACAGUGGAUAUCAACUACAAUGUUUCUGAUAUGCAAUGAAACGU